AUAAUUCAACAUAGUUACCUUUAGUAAUUAUGCCGUAAUCACUGCUUUGUGGUAAAUAAAUAGUUUAUCACCACAUGCGAUUGCUACACUUUUAAAAAGGGCUUUAGUUACUUGUCAGUCUUUGCAUGUUAAAGCAGUAUCUAGCUGAACAUGUGGCUCCAUGAAGUGUACAUUACUUCUAUCCCCUUUCAUUCCGACAAUCAUCGGAGCACUUCCUCUUUAAAGAAAGUGACAGUAACGAGCGGUGGAGGAGCUGGUCAGGAACUGGCCAGGAGCCCACGGCAGCGAAGGAAUGUCUAAACUUUUCCAACACAAACUCCACUAGUUUGUUUACUGCUUUACGUUGCCUCCGGGUUGUUCCUGAAUGUGAAUACAACCUCUAAGUUGCCUUACUACGUCUGGAUGCUACUGACCGCUUGGAAAUAAGGAAACUUGCGAGGGGGAAAACUUAUGGAAUGAUGCCGGAGCGACUCCAUCCCUCCCUCCAAAGUUCAGCUAAGUUUGGAGCCUUCCUGCAUUUUCAUCACCAUUGUUCAUCACCCACAUCCAGAGGGCCUGUGUCUUGGAUGAAGUGGAGAGCGCUAAAAUGAAGGUGACGGUGACGUUUGGGCAGACAGGUGUUGUGGUGCCCUGCAAGGAGGGGUGGACUGUAAGGGACCUCAUCCAGCAAGCCACGCAGAGAUACAGAAAACUCCUGGAACAGGAAGGAGAUUUCCUGGUUCGGACUCACCACGUUGAGUACUGUGAUGGAGGGAUUCUGGACCCUGAUGACGUACUCAGUGAUCUGGUAGAAGAUAAGGACAAGCUGAUGGCUGUGUAUGAGGAGCAGGAAGCCCAGCAGAGGAGUGUGGCUAAUACAUCCCUUGCCUCCAGCCCUGACCUCUACCAAUCCGAGCUCUCAGUCUUCCAGCCAAUCGCAGGAGGAGAGAUUGAAGUCAAUUCCUCAGCCCUCAAAUCCAACACCCCCCUGCUGGUGAGAAGCAGCAGUGACUCAGCCCUUUCCCCCCAGCUGGCAGAGACUGAACCCUCCCCCAGUGAAGAUAUCACUGUGAAGGCAGCCAGUCCUGCUGUGGAGAAACCUGCAGGGGUGGACCGAGGUCAAGGCAAACACACCUUCAGUGGCAGCCUGACCAGGACAGUGGAGAUCUUGGGAGAGGACAGCCCCCUGGGAAUCCACGUGGUUCCCUACUGCUCAUCCCUCAGUGGACGGUCUCUCGGUCUGUACAUUCGUGGAGUGGAGGAGGAGAGUCGCUCAAGAAAGGAGGGCUUAUUUCAAGAGGAUGAGUGCAUUGUCAAGAUCAACAACACUGACCUCAUGGACAAGACAUUUAGCCAAGCCCAGGAAGUGUUUCGUCAGGCAAUGCAUACCCCAGUUGUCCGUUUGGAAGUAGUGCCAUCCUCCAGCAGAGAACGCUUCGAGAAGAGUCUGAUUGGUCAGCUGUUUGGCAGCAAUGUGGGUUCUGACAACAGCCCUCGAAGCGCUAAGACCAAAGAGCCGCCUCCGCCUGUCAAAGCCAAACCUGUGUUCAAGCCCUUUGAGAAUCCAGUCACACGUUUUGCAGAAGACGGUGCCCCUGUGGAAGCUGCUGUCGGUACCCUUAAGGGGAGGAGCGAGAGCCCGCUCCUUAAGAAGAGUCCUGCUCUUUCCAGCUUGAUGACCAAUAAGAGAGGAGGACGAAGAUUGAGGAUCGACUUAAAGAAAGGUCCAGAAGGGCUGGGAUUUACUGUAGUAACCAGAGAUUCUUCAGUACACAGUCCUGGUCCUAUUCUUGUCAAAAACAUCCUUUCACGUGGAGCUGCUGUCAAAGAUGGUCGCCUGCAGUCUGGAGACCGCAUACUAGAGGUAAAUGGUGUGGAUAUCACAGGUGUGGGCCAAGAGGAGUUGGUGUGUAUGCUACGCAGCACACGGCAGGGCGAGAGUGUGUGUCUUGUGGUUUUACGUCAGGAAGACAUGUUCCUGCCCAGAGAGAUGAAGGAGGAGGUGCCUUGUGUGCCAGGCUUUGCUUUGGAGAAUGGGAAGGAGCAGCUGAUGUUUGAGGUGCCCCUCAAUGACACCGGUUCUGCAGGGCUGGGCGUCAGCCUCAAAGGCAACAAGUCCAGGGAGACAGGAGAGGAUCUGGGAAUCUUCAUCAAAUCUAUUAUACAUGGAGGGGCAGCAUAUAAGGAUGGGCGUCUGCGUGUCAAUGACCAGCUGGUAGCCGUGAACGGAGAAUCACUGCUGGGACGCUCCAAUCAUGUGGCCAUGGAGACACUCCGCCGCUCAAUGUCACAGGAGGGAAACGUAAGAGGGACCAUCCAGCUUGUGGUGUUGAGGGCUUUGAAGGAUCAACAUGGAUUGUCAUUUGACAGCUCCUCUGGCCUGUCGGGAUUGACGAGCCCAGUGAAUGGCCAGACAGGAUUGGUCAGCCAGAGCAACGGCCCCAUUCACCCUCUCAUGGUGACCAAGACUCUCUAUGCAUCCAGUGUGACCAAUGGGAAUUAUUCUCACAUGGAUGAGCAAGAGGAGGGUGAGCUGUAUGGACAUGAGGAAUUCAACAGCUCUGCUCAACUCCCCUACCUACAGGAAAGGCAAAACUCUCACACCUCUAGCACAGCUCAGCCACAGUCCCCCACCCAGAACCAGAGCCAGCGGCAGAUCCAGCAUGUUAAGGCAUCCAAGAGCAUGGACCUGGGUAUGGCUCAGAACCAGCAGCACACUGUGGCAGAUGAGAGCAACGUUGGAUCCCUGGUUGGAAACACUGUCGCAUCGUCAGCUCCUGUGGAACUCGGCCCUACCCUUGGCUUAAAGAAGUCCAGUUCGUUGGAGAGUCUUCAGACGGCCAUGUCAGAGGUUAACAGAAAAAACGAACUCCUCCCAUUCCACCGCCCUCGCCCAAAUAUGGUCAGGGGAAGAGGCUGCAAUGAGAGCUUCAGAGCAGCUAUUGAUAAAUCCUAUGAUGGGCCGGCCGAAGAUGAUGACGAUGGUUCAGAGCUGAGUUCAGGCCGGGACACUCCUGCAAGUAGUUCAUCCCGCCAGGGAGUGGGAGAUCAGAUAGAAGAGAAAAGCAAAAAAGACAAGAAAAAUAAAGCAAAAACAAAGAAGAAAGAAAAGAACAAGGGGAAAUGGAAAGAGAAAAAGAAAGCAGAGGAGCCUGAGGAGGCAGAGAAGAAGAAAAAAAUAGGCUUUGGCCUUCUGAGAUUUGGAAAGAAAAGAGAGGAGAAGAAGGAGUCAAAGGCGGCUCUUCAGCGACAGAAGUCAGACCUUCUGAGCGACUAUGAGCUCGAGAGGAUGAAAGAGGAGAGGGAGAGAAUCGAGGCAUCACAUCCUGAGCUGAAAGAGCACCGGACCAGAGACCAACAAAGUGGUGGUGGCAGGUCUACGUACCCACAUGUGGAGGAUGAUGACACAGAUCCCAACUAUGCCCGAAUAAAAUCCUUCAGGGACAGAGGCACGGGUUCGGUGCCGCAGCCUCAGUCACCUCCCUACAGCGUAGUUCAGCACGCACGUGCUCGCACCCCUUCUCCCCAGCGACCUUCUGUCUUUCCAGGGCAGGGAAUUCAUGCCAAUGACCCUGGAGCCCGCCCUGAUGAUGACCCCCUUGACAGACUGUAUGCCAAGGUCAACAAACCAAGGGGAACUGGUACCACAUCUCCUCCUGCUCCUGCUGCUACCAAUGACAGCAGUGUGGAUAGGAUCCAGCAGCUAAGGAGAGAGUACCAUCAGGCGAGAAGAGAUGGAAUGGUUCCACCUUAUGAAGAACUGGACCCGCGACGCAGAGUGCAUGAAAACGACAUACAUAGGAUGCCAACCAGAGGGACAGAUCCCCAGUUAGCACCACGUUAUGAAGAGGUGGAACGUCAGUAUGCCUCCUUACCAAGACGGGGUCCGUUGGAUCCAGCUGACUACCCCAUGCAGCCUUGGUCCGGUCAUUACCCCGGACCUCCCCAGGCCCAACAGGGUUACCCUCAGUCCCCAUCCUACCCUAACCUCAACUCCCAGUCUGGGCCAUCUUACUCUGGCUACGCACCUGGCCAGCCAUACCCACGGCCAGGUGACCCUCGCAGCAUUGACCAUGGCUACUACACCCACCCAAGCUCCCAGCAGAGAGGGCCCUUGCGGCAAGAUGUGCCCCCGUCUCCCACCCCUCCUCUUCGUGGACUACGGUAUGACACUAUGACACAUGGAACUGGGGGUGGAGGCUACAGGUAGGGGCGUGUUGCAGAUGCAGACAGUCCCAGGCACCAGGUGGAACCCAGUCCAGACCAAUAUGGCUAUACUGGGGACAAAGGAAGAAGACAGCAACACCAAACCAAGCCAAGACAGAAGAGCGCCAUGACUGUGGUUGUGUAGAUAAAUCAGGUCCAGAGAUGAAAAAGAGCAGCUCUUCUGAUUUGGGUACUCCAAAAGUAACCUCUUAUGGUGUGAUUUGAAUCAACUUCAUUAUCAAACAUUGUCUGUGCUGUUUGAAGUGUACAGUACGGUAAUACACAGACAAGCAGGGUAGAAGAGGUUAAUUAUAGUGUGGCCGGCAUGACGCUUAAAAUCAUUUAAAUUGCUUCAAGUCUUCCCAGAUCAUAAAAUUAGCUUCUUCUUCUUCUUUUUUUUUUGUUUUACCCUUAAGUCAUGUCUUUCAAGAAUCAGUCAGAGGCACAAAAGUAAUUGGAUCUAUUUAAAUGAAGCCACUGAAGGCAUACAUACAGCUCUGCACACUCACUGUGACAGCAACAGGUUAAUCUGAAGAUAUCAUUAUUUGCUCUGUAAGACUGUAAAUCCAACCGUGCCAAAUGAACACAGCAAAUGAAGUGCUCACUUUGAGGCCAAGCAGGGAACACACCACUACGUAUACCCAUCUUUAUGAGUACAGUGUCCUAAUGAUCAGGGUUUGUUUUGUCAUUGAAUUCUCAAAACCUUUUUUAAUAAUUACAUUAUAGUACAAUAGAGCAGUGUAUAAGUUAUGUGAGUGUAAUAAUCUGAUUUUAAUAAUGCUAUGAUUGCAUUUCAUUUUUAUUAGCUGGAAGUACUGAAUCUCCCAUUUCCAUUCAUUCAUAUUCAUUUCAGGCCUAUUAUGGGGCUCAAGUUCAGCUUUCAAUACUAAACUUUAUUUGAAAUGACCUCCACUUGAAUGUAUGAUAAACUUGCAUGGAUUACAUUGUGACAGUACCUAAUCCAUGAAGUCUUCCUGUGCUGACUGAAUCAUCUCAGCAUCUCUGGAGUUUAUGAUCACUUUCUGGUUUUUUAUUACAUAUCCAAUUCAAAGAUAAUCCUUUGCUUAAAAAAAAGAAAAGCUGACACCCACAUUUUGUAAAGUCUCAUCAGAAUGUGAAUGUCAGCCUAUGAACUUUGACAUUCUGUAAGAAACUCUGUUGUGAAGAAGACAAAUAGACAAUACACAAACUAAAGCUGCCUUUUUCUCUACCGGGAGUGACUCCUAGUAUUAAGACUGCAUUUGGUUCAGACAUCUCCCUUUUAAAACAACUAAAUUACUGGGGAGAGCACACCUGAAAUAACGGUGCUUGAAAUUAAGGGACAGCAAUGUAAAAUUGAGCAAACUUGCGAUAAUGGCAGAACAGUUUAUUUCAUACAAUAUAUCAAACCAGUGCAAUGUGCUGUCUUUGUACAAGUGCUUGUGUCACUGUCAGGCUGAACGUGCUGGAGCAUAGCUGUUUCAUGUGUAGAUGUCCAUACUGUUAAUUAAACCAGGCAGUUUUGGGAGCAGGUGUGACCAGCUGUAGAGCUGUACCAGCCUCUGUGUCUCCCUACUGUCUGUGUGUCAUGUGCUGUAGUUUGAAUGUGAAGGAUGUUCACUGCACAUCUAUCUCUGUGACCUGGUGGUGUAGGCAUCACCGUGCGCUGAAGUGCACACAAGUCCUGUUGAAACAUGGAUUAUGUGCCAGAGUGCUCUUCUCAGUGCUGCACCUUACUGUAUAUCCAUUUAGCCACUUACUAAACCAUCAAUUAAGUGUAACUAAGAGUUAGAAUCUAGCUUAACAUUUCUGUUUCAUUCCACAAAGCCCAGCAGUAUUAACUUCAACAGAGAUUAAAUGUUUAAAUGACAUUUCAAGAGUUGGUGAAUUGCAUUUAUGUUAAUAAGACUGAGGAUGAAAUACCACUAAAGUGAAUGUUGAGAGUAAUUUGACUGAAACCCAUGCAAAAGAAUGUGAAGCAGAUGCUGUCUCGAAACCAUUUCAUUUGCUUGUUUGGAGUUUGAUUAGAAAGAGGAAUAAGGAGAAAGGCAGGUAGAAAGAAAGGACCAGAGCAAGAAUAGGAAGGUGUAGUGAAGCAAGAAGGAAAACAUGAAACAAGAAAGAAGGAUUUACAUAAAGAUUGAUUAAAAAUUAGUAAUAGACUGAAGGUACUGAUGGAGGUGGAAGAAAUGGUAUAAACAAAUGCAGUGCCUGUGUGAUUCAGACUGAUGUAUGAAGACAAGAGCAGAGGAAAGUAUGAGAGCUCAUAAAUAUUUGGGCGGCAGUUGCUCUGCAGUAGGAGAAGGGUUACAGGAGUGGGCUUGUGUUGACUGUAGAGACUUUGGGAUUUAUUUACCAAACAUUUGUUUAUGCUAUUAUCACUUUUUGCUCGAAGUACAGAAAUUAAACUUCAAAAUCUAACUGUCAAGGUUUUACUACAGUAAAUAUAGUGAUAAAACAUUUUUAGGAGAUUGUCCUUGUGGCUGACUCUAUAACUCACCUGUUAUAGAGUCAGCACUAAAAUAAUUUGUACCAUCGCUGUCGGGCAGAAACCUUGUAUGUUCAUAUUUUGUCAGGUAUUUUCAGUAAAUCAAUGCUAUUGAUCACUCUUUGUCUGUCUGUGGGUUUUACAAACAUGUAACCAAUGAAAAACAUUAAGAAAGGCUUGUGACUAAAUCUCGUAACUCCAUUGGAUCCUGAAACUGUCGGCAAAACCUCAAACCUCAUAACCUCAUUUGAUUUAGGUAAAAUGCUAAUUUUGUAUAAUGACACAUGCAGGCAUAAACACACAGUAUCAACUUUGACGGCGUGAUGUUGAAUUAUUUUAGAUACACGGGGUUUUUCAGCUCCUAAAAAGUAGCCGUUUUGGAGAUACGAAGUUUCUGCCCGACAGUGACGAUGUGCUCCUUUAGGUCAUUCCUUUGCUUGCUGCUAACGUUGUAGACUGAAGUUGUUUUAUUCUCCCAGGACCUUCUGGGUGAUGAGAAUCUGUAGUCAGUAUGCCAAACAAAGUUCUGUUCAUUACCACAUUCUCAGUGUUAUUACUUUAGGUAAUCCUAUGACAGUGCUCUGCAUGUUAAAGAAUGAGCACAGAGCAUGAGAGAAAAUGAUCUGCUGGGGUCACAUGGAUGAUUUUAGUGUUGUCAUUAAAAAAAAUGUACUGCACUCCUUCGAGAGAGAACGAACAGAAAGCAAAGUUGGAAGCUGUCUGCUGGAUCAGUGCCUGGUGGAGCUUCUUUAGCCACAGUAUAACAUGACAUGAAAGUGUAUUUUUGAUAUUAGUACAUAAUUCACAUGUAUGUAACUUUUCACAAACAUUUAUUGUCUGUGUAUUUCUUUUUAAUGAGAGUUGAUAUUGUCUGUUGGGUACACCCGAGCCACAGAGUGUUUGGCUACUGUUACCAUGCUACAGCAGGAAAGCGGCACACUGCAUACACUAAUUUAGAUUAGAUUUUCAGUUUUUCUCACUUUUACCUAUGCAAUUUACAUCAAACAACUGUUUUACGCUACUUCUUCUAAAACUGAAAUGAAAAAUACAAAAAAAAAAACAUUGGGACAGGUGUGUAGCAUGGUUACACAUAUCAAACAUCCUGUAAGCAUGGCUUUUUUGGCAGCACAGUAUGAGUUGCACAAGAUGAAGGUACUAACCAGAAUCCUCUUUAUGAACAGGACUCCUGUUCCUUCCUUUACAGAGAACAGUGUAUGAAGGAACCAACUAAUAACCUCUCUGUCUUUAAAAUAUACCAUUUUAUUAUACCGCUUUUAUCAAAAAAAAAUCUCAUUUUAUAGUGUAAGAACAGCAAUGAUUUCUAUUAUUGUUUCCUGCAUUUUAUAUUUAUAUAUAACA